UCAGUCUUGGAAUGGCUUCCCUCGUGUCACGUAUUUCUUUUCUUAAGGUUGCAUCAGCUAAGCCGGUUGGUGAUUGGGCUUCCAGUGCUGGUUAGGAGUGAGGUUUAUCGUUUUUUUGGUUGAGUUUGGAUCUGAUCAUGUCUGAAGAAGUAGUAGAGCAAGUUAAACAAAUGACAUUAGAUGAAAAAUGUGCCGGUAAAUCUGCAAAACAAAAAGAAAAGAAAAAGAAGAACCAAGAUGAUGGGGGUGGAUGUCGGGCAGAGCUGAACCCAUGGCCUGUAUAUAUAAAUGAACGUUUGGAACUGUAUAAAAAACUGAAAGCUGAACAUGACAGUAACCUAGCAGAAAAAUCAUCAAAGGAGUCCAAGCCUAUUAAAAUCACCCUACCUGAUGGUAAACAAGUUGAUGGUGAAUCGUGGAGGACUACACCUUACCAAGUUGCCUGUGGGAUCAGUCAAGGUUUGGCUGACAAUGUCGUUGUAGCCAAAGUAAACAAAGAAGUUUGGGACCUGGAUCGACCUUUUGAAGAAGACAGCAGUUUAGAACUGCUGAAGUUUGAAGAUGAAGAAGCCCAAGCUGUGUACUGGCACUCUAGUGCCCACAUUUUGGGGGAAGCAAUGGAGAGGCUGUAUGGAGGAUGCCUUUGCUACGGACCACCUAUUGAGAAUGGAUUUUACUAUGACAUGUACCUGGAAGGAGAUGGAGUUUCCAGUAACGAUUUCCCAUCCUUGGAGGUUGUGUGUAAGAAGAUUAUGAAAGAAAAACAGCAAUUUGAGAGGCUUGAGAUUAAGAAAGAAACCCUUCUUGAAAUGUUCAAGUAUAACAAAUUCAAAUGUAGAAUUCUAAAUGAGAAGGUAAACACACCUACUACAACUGUUUAUAGGUGUGGUCCAUUGAUAGACUUGUGUCGAGGGCCCCAUGUCAGACAUACUGGCAAAAUCAAAGCUUUGAAAGUACACAAGAAUUCUUCCACUUACUGGGAAGGGAAGGCAGAUAUGGAAAGUUUGCAAAGGAUAUAUGGAAUUUCAUUUCCUGAUUCCAAACUGCUGAAAGAAUGGGAACAUUUUCAAGAAGAGGCUAAAAAUAGAGAUCACAGGAAGUUGGGAAAGGAACAAGACUUGUAUUUCUUCCAUGACCUGAGUCCUGGAAGCUGUUUCUUCUUGCCUAAAGGCGCCUACAUAUACAACACUCUCAUUGAAUUCAUUAGGAGUGAAUACAGGAAACGAGGGUUCCAGGAGGUCAUUACACCAAAUGUUUAUAACAGCAAACUGUGGCAGACUUCCGGUCACUGGCAGCAUUAUUCAGAAAAUAUGUUUGCAUUUGAAGUAGAAAAAGAGACAUUUGCGCUGAAACCAAUGAACUGUCCAGGACAUUGCCUAAUGUUUGAUCAUCGCCCAAGAUCUUGGCGGGAACUUCCACUGCGUCUUGCUGAUUUUGGGGUUCUGCACCGCAAUGAGUUGUCAGGUGCAUUGAGUGGUUUGACUCGAGUGCGGCGAUUCCAACAGGAUGAUGCCCAUAUCUUUUGCACAGUUGAUCAGAUUGUAUCAGAAAUAAAAAACUGUUUGGAUUUCCUACGUACUGUCUAUGAUGUGUUUGGAUUCACAUUCAAACUAAACCUUUCUACUCGUCCUGAGAAGUUUCUUGGUGAAAUAGAAAUGUGGAAUCAAGCUGAAAAGCAACUUGAAGCUAGCCUUAAUGAGUUUGGUGAGAAGUGGGAACUGAACCCUGGAGAUGGAGCAUUUUAUGGACCCAAGAUUGAUAUCGAGAUCAAAGAUGCUAUUGGCAGAUACCAUCAGUGUGCUACAAUUCAACUAGACUUUCAGCUGCCUGUUAGAUUUAACCUUACUUAUGUAAGCCAUGAUGGAGAUGACAAGAAAAGGCCAGUUAUUAUUCAUCGUGCCAUUUUGGGAUCUGUGGAACGAAUGAUUGCUAUUCUGACUGAAAACUAUGGUGGAAAAUGGCCACUGUGGCUCUCUCCUCGUCAAGUGAUGGUGAUACCAGUAGGACCAUCAUGUGAUGAAUAUGCCCAGAAGGUUUGUCAACAGUUUCAUGAUGCUGGGAUUAUGUCAGAUGUUGAUUUAGACCCAGGAUGUACACUGAACAAGAAAGUCAGAAAUUCACAGCUUGCCCAAAAUAAUUUUAUUUUAGUUGUGGGUGACAAAGAAAAAAACAGUGGAACAGUAAAUAUUCGUACAAGAGACAAUAAAGUGCACGGUGAGCGUACCAUUUCUGAAACUAUCGAGCGACUACUACUACUUAAACAGUCUCGCACAAGAAAUGCAGAGGAGGAAUUCUGAAUCUGUUUUUGAUCAAACAUGAUAUAAAAAUGGAUGUAUAACUUGAUAGGUGCAAGGAAUAAAACAGUGAAUGUAAAAGUAAAUUACAAAUGGUAGGUUGAAGUUUGUUACAUUGUACAUUAGUUCCUCAGAGCAGGAGAAGAUCAAACAUUCUCAGGGAUAGUGUGUAGCUAUGUAAGCAAAAAAUAAAUUCUGUUUGUAAACCUUAAAGGGGCAGAUAAAUUCAACUCCUCAUGAUUUUGGCAGAUGUUCUCCCAAAUAAUGUACAUGAUUUUGGCAGAUGUUCUCCCAAAUAAUGUACAUAUGUAGUAAUAAAUGCCUUUCCAUAAAAAUUCUGAGAAUGAAAACUGUCAGUUGAAUGAGCUAGAACAUUUUUCUACUUUCUGAAUCUGAGCUAUCAGAAACAACUGUAAAUGUAGCAUUUACACAGCAACUUUUGGAACGUCAUUAUGCAAAGGAUCAAACCAUUUUAUGAAGUUUCUUUAUAUUUAUAUUUGUUAAUGCAAAACAUCAUGGCACACCAUAGUCUGGCAGCAGAUGUUUUAACUACACUGCAGACAUUUGAGAUUUUGUGAUCUUGCUUACUUUGAAGUCCUUUCCGUAGCUCAAAGUAAAUUGGAUGUGUGGAACUCACUUAUAAUGCUAUGUGCAGAGCUAAGUAAUGCUGUUAAUCUCAAAACAAAGAAUUUUUCAGAUGCAGAUGUUCAGAAAGUAACUGUUUAUAAAAUAAACCUUUUAAUGCUAAAAUGUCUACCAGGUUAAA